CGCUCUGAGCAGAAGCCUCUCUCCUCCUUGAAUGGACUCCAUCUCUCUGAGCCAAACAAUCUGUUACUGCUGCUGUGGAGGGAAACAGUGAAGAUCACAGCUGAUCAUCGUGUUCUAUUUGUCUUUAUUCCUCCUGCUCGUGCUGCUGCUGCUGAGAAAAGUUGACUGCUGUGACUUUGCUGCAUCGCCAUGAACUUCUGUCGGGCUUAAGGAGUUUCCACAAUAGCCGUGUGGGGUCGUAAACAACUGAUGGGCAACCGAACCAGAGAAGACUUGAAAUAGAAGAUCUUACAGUGAGAGAAAGACCUUCUAGACUCUCAAGGAUUUAGAGGGUGGUGGCUGAUUUGGGUGUGUGUCAGCCAGACACACAGGCAGGGAGGCAGACAGGUAGAAUCAGGGAGGCAGAUCAAAUUUAAAAAUAGCCUACCUUUGUCCUAGUGUUGUCCCCUGGACCACAAUGGGUUCAGACGUACGUGACCUGAACUCCCUGCUGCCCCCGCUCCCGGCGGGCCCCAGCCCCGGCUGCCCGGCUCUGCCCGUCAGCACGGCUCCUCAGUGGGCUCCCGUUCUGGACUUCCACACCGGCGCCUCCCCUUACUCCUCCCUGGCCGCCCCCCACACCUCCCUGGGGCCACACUCCUUCAUCAAGCAGGAGCCCAGCUGGGGGGCGACCGGCGACCCUCACCUCCUCGAAACAGACCCUCACUGCGGCCUCAGUGCCUUUACCGUCCACUUCUCUGGGCAGUUUACGGGGACCGGAGCCUGCAGGUACGGGGCAUUCGGUGCACCCCCACCUCCAUCACCCAGUCAACCACCAUCUGUGACCGCGCCACACCACCACCAACCCCCCAGCAGGAUGUUCAGCAACCCACCCUACCUGACCAACUGCAUGGACACACAGCAGGUCGCCCGCAACCAGACAGGUUACGGCGCGGUUGCGUUCGAUGGAGCCGGUAAUUACGGUCACACUCCUACACACCACAGCUCGCAGUUCUCCAACCAUUCCUUCAAGCAUGAAGAUGCUUUAACCCAGCAAAGCACUAUGGCUGAGCAGCAGUAUCCUGUACCUCCUCCUGUGUAUGGAUGCCACACACCUUCAGACAGCUGUACAGGCAGCCAGGCUCUGCUGCUGAGGAAUCCUUACAACAGCAGCCAUGCAACAGGCUACGACAGUGACCCCAACACCCCAAUGUUGUACAGCUGCAGCACACAGUACCGCAUACACACACAUGGAGUCUUCAGGGGCAUACAGGAUGUGCGGCGGGUGCCCAGCAUCGCUCCAGCCAUAGUGCGGUCAGAGAGCAGCGAGAAGCGUCCGUUCAUGUGUGCCUACCCAGGAUGCAACAAACGUUACUUCAAACUGUCUCAUCUGCAGAUGCACAGUCGCAAACACACAGGGGAGAAACCCUACCCGUGUGACUUCACAGACUGUGGCCGGAGGUUUUCUCGCUCCGACCAGCUCAAGAGACACCAGAGAAGACACACAGGAGUUAAACCCUUCCAAUGCGAGACGUGUCAGAGAAAGUUCUCUCGGUCUGACCACCUUAAGACACACACCCGGACUCAUACAGGUAAAACAAGCGAGAAGCCGUUUAACUGCCGGUGGCCAAACUGUCAGAAGAAGUUUGCCCGGAGCGAUGAGUUGGUGCGACACCACAACAUGCACCAGAGGAACCUCACCAAGCUCCAGCUGGCCAUCUGAGGCUUUUAUCAGCCCGUAUCUCAGUUUUAAAUGUAAACAUGUGGGUUACAUCUGCUUAUAUGUUCUGUCUCCGCUUAAUCCAAACCUGGUGACCCCCUUAGCACCCAAGAAACUAGCCUGUGUGGGAACCAGAGGAGUUCUUAUGGAUCACUUAAAGAAGCUAAUAGUUUUACAUAACUUGAUUUUAAGAACUAGAAACCAAAGUCUACUCUCUGAGCCAAAAGAGUCUUCACACAUUCAAACAUGUGUGGAUUACAACUACAUUUUGUCCAGGGUGUGGAAUUUAAAGGAUAAGGCUGGAACUAUAUUCUAUAUUUUUGUUAUUGCUAACAAAUCCCUUUAAAAGACCAAAACCAAGAAUGAGUUAGGUCGUGUUCAGACGGACAUUAAUCAUUGCAUGGGACCACGCUGAUACAGCAUCUAAUGCCGAGAUACAAUAAGUUGUAAAAUCAUAGUAUUAUAAACUCAUCGGCCCACCAACAACCCCCUGCAUUCUUUUAUUUUUAACAUGCCGCUGUUUCUGCUCUGAAUGCUGAAUUUGUUCCUACUGAAGAUGUAAAUCUUACUAUACGUUUGAAGUAUAUGUUUUUAAAAGGCUGACUCGUUUCCUCAAACAGCAGGUGAAUGUUAAUCAACAGGUGGUUCAGAUGCAGAUAUGCAGCAGUAUGUGGGUGUGACUAAAACAUAGAUAACAGUGCCCAUGUUAACUGUAGGGAAGGAACAUGUCACAUUUAGACAACAGUUGAGACUUUAGUUAGUUUAGUUUAGUUAGUAGGGUGUUGGUCGUUGUUUUGUGGGAUUUAACAAUAAAAAGAAUACAGAAUAUCAGCAGACUUAUCCCUUAAAGCAAUCUUCAAUCUGAAUGAUCGUAUCAUAAAGUCAGUCAGUACAACUGAAAACAGCAUCGGCUUCUGGUUACCAGUAGAAGGGAGAUGUAAAUAUAAAAACCUAUUGACUUUACAGAAGCUUCCCAUUUCCCAGAGUGGAUGUUGGCAUCUUUGCACGUCAAGACACUCCAGUCGAAUCUUACACAAAAAUGUUUCCAUCCGAACUAUAAUGUAAUGUUUCAUUCAUCCCCAGUUAUUGUCUGUUUUCUUGGCACCAUCCAUCACCAUGUGUACAAUGAGGGCAAAGGUCAGCUACGUAUAUGCCCCUACAGCUUAACGCCUUUUCAGCUGUAAAUAUCUCUUAUGCUGAACUACUUUGGGAAGGCUUAUUUAUUAUCUUUUUGUGGACGAAACUUGUUUUCACUGGAAUGAUUUAAAGGCAGUGAGGUGUCAUCAGUCUCUGCUGCCUUUUCUUAUGGUCUUUUGAGUUAUACCAUAAAAGAUCAUGCUGAGUUGGAUUUAAAGACAUCAAAUUAAGUGAAUCAUUUGCAUCAAACACCCUAUGAAUUGUUUGCAAUGUAAGCUUUUGGUGUUUUGUCUGGUCAGCAUAAAAUAUACAUUGCAAACACAAAUAUGACUUUAUGGCCGUAUUUAAAAUCUGAACUUUUUUUGUUUUUGAGUAAUGUGAGGAUUGGACUUUGUCUUUUUUCCAAGCAGUGCUCAGCGCUCUUGGAGUCUCUUGUCUCUGUGGUGUGUAAAUAUUGCUGGACUUUGGCAGUGUGUUAGACGCUGCACGCUCUAACACAUGUCUGUUCGGUCACACUGGCUCUGUGGCCGGGACAUUAUGGUCAAGAUGUAAAUAAUACUUCUUCACCAUGGGAACUGAACUCUUUCCAGAACUUAACUGAUAUAGUUUACACUUAUCUUUGGAUGGAUCCAGGAAGUGUUUAUACUUUCAUUUCCCUUUCUUUCAUGUGUAUUAAUAUUUGAGUCAUAAAACAGCAAAUGUCAGUGAAACAUUUUGUACUAAAAAGUGUGAGUUAAUGGAAAACAACUGUUUCUCUCUGUUUAAAUGUAUUGUGGCUGUUUUAUACAGUACCAGUUUGCCUGUGUGGUCUUUAUUUACUCAUUUCAAAGAUUCUUGUUUAAUAUUAAGUCAGCAUUUAUUUAUUAGUCUGUAAUAUAAUAUUAUCGUCAUAAAGCCCACAAGCAGGUCACAUAAUAGUUUUACUCUGUCAGCAAGUCUUAAAAUGUCCACACACACACACACACCACACACACCACACACACACACACACACACACACACACACACACACAGAGUAAUAUCCAUGAAACACUAUUUGCCUCAAUAUGUAUAAUUCCAUUAUUAUGUGGAUCUAAUUAUAUAUAUGUUUGUGGAACAUGCCACUAUCCUUGAGUUUCAAUACGUGGUAUCAAUAAAAGUCAAAUACUGAGUCUAUA